AUGAGGUCGUACCUUCUGUACACAAAUGCUGGAGCGCCUUCUCCAUCGAGACAAGUCGAUUUCCCUCUCCCUGACAGUCUGCCCAAUCCGUCCCCGAGCCAAAUCGAAUCGAUCCAGAUGAGAGCCGGUGGCACGUUGCCAAAUACGCCCCCUCCAAUGCGUAUUAGCAGCGAGGGUAUCAACAAUCUGAAACUCAUGGCGUUUACUGGAUUGUCCGAAGUGGCUUUUUUCGAUGAACUCCUUCGAAACAUCACCACCAACGUACAGGGCUACCAGGUUGCCAACGCACAGGAGCGUGACAUGGUUAUCAAGUCUCUGACUACGUUUCUUGCUCAAGCGGAACUGCAGACGAUCGCGGAAAACAAUGGCCUUCGUCGUUUCAACCUCAACACUGUCCAGCCUUGUCAUUAUAGCUUCCCUGUGUCCGACUACAAGUCUGCAAUUGCACUGGGGGAGGCAUUUACGAGUUUGAAAUUGGGUGCGCUGCAAGACAUCGUCACGCGGUUCGCCAUGGGAAGUGACUUCGACUUGGCCCGUUUCGCAACAUCUAUAGCCGGUCAGAAGGGCCAACAAUCUGGCUGGUUCCGCACUCUCCAAAACAAGGUAGCCAGUGGCGUGCCAUUUCCGACGAUGGGAAAUGUCGACUUUCUCUUUUCGGCUGUCCAGAGAUUCAUCGUGCCAGGCAACUGUUCAAGCAUUGCCGAUAUUUCUCUGCGUACCUUGCAGCCGCUGAACAUCCUUACGCCCCCUAGUCCGCGAACGCAACUCAUCCGGGUCUCCUGGAAGCCUACCAAGGGCGGUAAGCAAGGACAACUGUGGAUGACCUACAUAAACCAGCUGAAUAUGCCUAUCGCCGAGCGGAUGAACAUUAUCUCUAGCAACAAUGAAACAGUGGUGGCUGAGGCAUUGUUUCCGUAUGAGAGACGCCUUUUGAACGGAUUGACCAUCGCAGCGGUAACCACCAGCGGCGGGCCGUUUGCGAAUGCAGCCGAGGUGUCACAGGCGACGGCGUUUGGACCAGGAUUGAUCAGUGUUAACUAA